AUGUGUCGCAAGAAGCUUACGGGUGUGGCUCGUAGUUUCCUAGGAACUCUUGUGGGUAUGACGACGUUCCAAAAGCUGCGCCAAGCACUGAUCAACGAGUUUGGACGUAAAAUGCGGGCGAGUGAUGUCCAUCGGUUGUUGUCAACACGACGUACGACACAUGCCAUCAAACAGAAGUAUUGGAUACUUCAUCUCGAACGAAAGGUGGCGCAAGUAGUGAAUAGUUGUGUGAAGUGCAUUAUGUUCAACAAGAAGCUUGGUCACAAAGAGGGCUUUCUGAACUGCAUCGACAAAGGAGAUACACCACUGCAUACCCUGCAUAUGAAUUACGUCGGACCAAUGGACGCGACAGCGAAGCAGUAUAAGUACGUGCUAACGGUAGUGGACGGAUUUUCGAAAUUCGUUUGGCUCUUCCCUACAAAGACGACCAGCGGAGAGGAAACGUUGCGGAAGCUGGAGGUAUGGUCAUCGAUCUUCGGCAACCCGGCGCGCGUCAUCAGUGAUCGGGGUUCGGCAUUUACAUCGCAGAUAUUCAGCGAGCAUCUGAAGAAAAAUGGUAUCGAUCAUGUCCGUCUCACGCUGCAGCUAUCAAAAAGGACACUACCUUCAAGAGGAGAGUCCCAGAGUCCCAGUACAUGUACUACUGCAUAG